CUUGGGUGAGCUCAGCCUUGCAGCCGAAACCGAGGUCGAAGUCAGCGCAGAGGAGCAAUCACGACGGGCUUCGGAAGUCACCUUUCCGAACCAAGAUGUGGAAGGCAGCGGUGGGACACAAUGUGUCCAUGAAGGUGGAGUCCCAAGGAGACGACUGGGACACAGACCCCGAUUUUGUGAACGACAUCUCAGAGAAAGAGCAGAGGUGGGGGGCGAAAACCAUCGAGGGCUCCGGUCGCGCAGAGCACAUCGACAUCCACAAGCUCAGGAGCAAAGUGUCCGAGGAACAUGAAGUUCUCAAGAAGAAGGAGUUGGAAGCAGCGCCCAAGGCGUCCUACGGUUACGGGGGCAAGUUUGGCACGGAGAAGGACCGCAUGGACAAGAGUGCUCUGGGCCAUGAGUAUGUUGCAGAAGUGGGAAUGCACUCAUCUCAGACAGAUGCAGCCAAAGGCUUCGGAGGGAAGUACGGGGUGCAGAGGGACCGAGCAGACAAGUCGGCUCUCGGUUUUGAGUACAAGGGUGAAGUCGAGAUGCACACCUCCCAGAAAGAUUACGCCGUUGGCUUUGGGGGCAAGUAUGGUGUGCAAAAGGACCGUCAAGACAAAUCUGCCCUGAGCUGGUCGCACAAAGAGGAAUCGAAACCCCACGAGUCCCAGACAGAUUACGCCGUUGGCUUUGGGGGCAAGUACGGUGUGCAAAAGGACCGUCAAGACAAAUCUGCCCUGAGCUGGUCACACAAGGAGGAAUUAAAGCCCCACGAGUCCCAGACAGAUCAUGCCAAGGGAUUUGGGGGCCGCUAUGGGGUGCAGAAGGACAGGGUGGACAAGAGCGCUGCCGGUUUCAACGAGAUGGAAGCUCCAACUUCCUCGUACGAGAAGACAACGCCUGUGGAGGCCGCUUCUGCUGGAGCAGGUAACCUGAGGCAGCGGUUCGAGAGCAUGGCCAAGUCAGCUGAGGAAGACAACCGGAAGAGGGCAGAGGAAGAGCGAGCAUGUCGCCAGGCCCGGGAGAAGCAGGAGCGCCAGGCAGCCCAGAAGCAGCUGCAGGAGCAGGAGAAACAACGGGAACAGGAGCAGGAGGAACCCCAGAGAAGUGAGGAGCCAAGGAGCAAGGCUCCAGCCCCCAGACUCUCACCAGGGCCCAUGAAAGUGGGCAGAGAGGACAUGGGCUUGCCCCCUGUGCCACCGCCAGCCCCUGAGCACCAGGCAGCGCCAGAGGAAGAAGAGGAAGAGGAACCCCCUCCAGCUCUUCCUCCACGGAGCCUGCUCUGGGGUGAAGGUGUUGCAGAGCCACCCAAGCCAUCUUACAUAGCUCCGCCACCACCGCAACCUGUAGACACGGAAAGCCAGGACUACGGCGGUGACUAUGAGGAAGUCGGGGGCCCCUUGGACCGCCAGGAGCCUCCCAGCUUGGAUGAGGAUUACGCCGACGGUGGGGACUACGAGGAGAUGCCAGGCGGCCUUGAUGGGGAUGAAACUGUCUACGACAAUGCUCUGGACGCCGACCAGGAGGACUACGAGGAGAUCCCAGAUCAGAUUCCCAGCAACCGUGGGGGAGCGCCCUUGGCAGGAGCGAGCCAGGCAGGGCUGUGUGCUCGAGCCCUCUACGAUUACCAGGGAGAUGGGGACGAUGAGAUUUCCUUCGACCCUGGAGACACCAUCACGGACAUCGAGCAAGUCGACGAGGGCUGGUGGCGCGGAUCCUGCCAUGGCAAGCAUGGCCUGUUCCCAGCCAACUAUGUGGAGCUGCUGCCUUGAAGCUCUCCGUUGUAAUGUGGAAACACCGUGUGCCCCAGCCCCGCUGUGCCCCCACCCCAGCGUCCUUCUGUUUCAUACCAGUAGGCUCCAAUCCAGCCCCAGAGUAGAGAAGAGCUUGGCUUUCCCCUUGCAAGAAUCUCCCAAUCCAUUGAAAUAUAUAUGUGCUUUUCCUUCCAAGUGCAGUUUCCGAAUUUGCUCAGGCUGCCUCCGGGCUUGAUGCUUCCUUCCUGUUGUCUCUUUCUGAAGGAACCGCAGCUGCCUAAUUCAGCUCUCCACCAAAUCACAGGAGUGUAGAGUUGGAAGGGACCCUAUGGGUCAUCUAGUCCAACCCCUGCAGUGCAGGAAUCACGGCUAAAUAACCUCUGCUUGGAAACCUCCAGCAAAGGAAACCCCACCGCUAGAUCGCUCGAAGCAGUACAGUGAUGCACAAAUGAAAAAACGCAGCUGGAAGUUUGAAAAUUCUGGGAAGGAGCCAGCGAAGUUCAAGGGCUGGAGAAGGUGUGCAAAACACAAGCUCAGCUGCCUUGUUCUGGGCAACCUCAGGUGCUGCAUCACCAGAUAUUGCAUUAAAAAAUUAAAAAAUUGUCCAGUAGCACCUUAGAGAGCAACUAAGUUUGUUCUGGGUAUAAGCUUUUGUGUGCAUGCAAACUUCUUCAGAUAACUUUGUCAUGGAGAAGUUGUUGAGAAGAGGAGGUAAGUGGCUAUAUUAUAUUUGGGGGAGGGCUCCCUGGGGUUCGGAAAGGCAGGGGCAGGAGGAGUGGGGUCUUUUUUUAUUUCAUAAAAUGUGCACACCACUUGAUUGUCAGAAAACCUCAGAGCAGUUUGCAAAAAAGGAUACUAAACAGUUGGCAGCAAUAAUUCCAGACAUUCGAGAUAAGCAUAGACUAAAAACAGGUGAAAACUCACACCAACUUUCUAAGCAAAGGGGUAGGCUUGUCUAAACAGUUUUUAGCAGGCAUAUAGUGAAGGCACCUGCCUGUGAUCAAUAGGCGGGGGGUUCCAAAGAUAUAUAAAUGGGUAUCAUGCGAUACCAGUAGCAGUGUCAGUUCUGCCAAUCUAACCUUCAGGUAUCUGAAGAAGUCUGUAUGCACACGAAAGCUUAUACCCAGAACAAACUUACUUGGUCUCUAAGGUGCUACUGGACAUUUUUUUUAUUUUUUAUUUGACUGCAUCAGACCAACGCGGCUACCUACCUGCAUCCGGAUAUUGUGUGCGUGUGAUCGCACAGACACACACACUUUGCAACAUAGGUGGAGGGGAAGCCCUGCUUAUCUUUUUGUGUUGCUCAUCUUGCAAUGCUCUACCAGGGGAAAAACAUGCAUGACACAUCAUACACAGUGUGCAUAAAAGGAUAAAAAAGAAGAGUAAAGUUAUUUAUAUUAACUCAAACUCUUGCAUGGAUAGAAUAUGUCUGCCUUCCGCAGCUCUGCAGUCAUUUUGGACUACAGUUCCAUCAGCCCCAUGCGGCUGUGAUAGUUGGGGCUAAUGGGAGUUGUAGUUCAGAGCAUCUGGAGAGCGUCAGGUUGGGGAAGGCGGUGCUCUGAGUUGGUGCCUCUCCAUUUUGAUGGGCACAGGUUUCAGAAUUUGCCACAAAGCAGAAUUAACUGCGUGCUUUCAAAAGAGUCCUCAGGGUUCCUAAGAAUACUCACCCACAUUGAUCCCUCAGCUAUUAAAAAUGAAGUGUUGCUUGUGAAGCUUCACGCUCAUUUCCGAAGGUCUCAAGAUCCCUACAUGGCUGUGGGCAGAUGCACAUUUUGCUUUUGGGUGGCCCUAAAACCUCCUUUAAUUCUAGGGGCUUUUUCACUUGCAACAGGCUUCCAGGAAGACCUGUCAGCCUGUAGGAAGGUAACUUUUCUGAUUCCAUUAAACACACAAACACACACACAAACACACACACACACAAACAAACAAACAAACAAACAAACACAC